AUGGCCUCUGACUCUACGGCCGCCGCGACGGUCGACGGCAGCGCGCUCGCGGGGCGCGCGCUGGCCGCGGCGGGCACGCGGCACAUGUUCGGGGUGGUGGGCAUCCCCGUCACCUCCCUCGCGUCCCGCGCCGCCGCGGCCGGGGUCCGCUUCCUCGCCUUCCGCAACGAGCAGUCCGCGGGGUACGCCGCCGCCGCCUACGGCUUCCUCACGGGCUCCCCGGGCGUCCUCCUCACCGUCUCCGGCCCGGGAUGCGUCCACGGCCUCGCGGGCCUCUCCCACGCCACCGCCAACGCCUGGCCGCUCCUCAUGGUCUCCGGAUCCUGCGACCAGGCCGACACCGGCAGGGGCGACUUCCAGGAGCUCGAUCAGAUCGCCGCCACCAAGCCCUUCGCCAAGCUCGCCGUCAAGGCCACAACCAUCGCCGACAUCCCGCGCCUCGUCUUCCAGGCCCUCGCCGCCGCCGUCUCCGGUCGCCCCGGCGGGUGCUACCUCGAUAUCCCGUCCGACGUCCUCCACCAAACCCUCGCUGAAUCCGAGGCCGCGGCUCUCAUAGCAGCCGCCGCCGCCAAUUCGGCUGCAGCCGAUCCUUCCCCGUCGAAGCACAAGUCCCUAGACGAGGGAAUCGAGAAAGCUGCGGACCUGCUCCGGCGUGCGGAGCGGCCUCUGGUUGUGUUUGGGAAGGGUGCGGCGUACGCGCGCGCGGAGGAGGCGAUUCGGAAGCUGGUGGACACCACGGGCAUCCCCUUCCUCCCGACGCCGAUGGGGAAGGGGGUCGUGCCUGACUCGCAUCCACUCUCCGCCACGGCGGCACGCUCACUCGCCAUUGGGCAGUGCGAUGUGGCUCUGGUCGUCGGUGCCAGGCUUAAUUGGUUGCUUCACUUUGGCGAGCCACCCAAGUGGUCCAAGGAUGUCAAGUUCAUCCUUGUGGACGUCUCCGAGGAGGAGAUUGAGCUCCGGAAGCCACAUGUGGGGAUUGUUGGGGAUGCGAAGAGAGUAAUUGAGCUGAUCAACCGGGAGAUCAAGGACAAUCCAUUCUGCUUGGCUAAGUCGCACCCAUGGGUUGAAGCUAUCACCAAGAAGGCCAAGGACAAUGUUCUUAAGAUGGAGGCGCAGCUAGCAAAGGAUGUUGUGCCGUUCAACUUCAUGACACCAUUACGGAUAAUCAGAGAUGCGAUCCUUGCUGAGGGGAGUCCUGCUCCGGUAGUGGUCUCAGAAGGGGCAAACACCAUGGAUGUUGGCAGGGCUGUGCUUGUGCAGAAUGAACCAAGGACAAGACUGGAUGCAGGGACAUGGGGGACGAUGGGCGUUGGAUUGGGGUACUGUAUUGCAGCUGCAGUAGCUGAACCCGAAAGGCUUGUGGUUGCUGUUGAGGGCGACUCUGGAUUUGGAUUCAGUGCAAUGGAGGUUGAGACGUUGGUGAGGUACCAGCUGCCUGUCGUUGUAAUUGUUUUCAACAACAACGGUGUCUACGGCGGUGACCGGAGAAGCCCUGAUGAGAUAACCGGACCCUACAAAGAUGACCCUGCCCCAACUUCUUUCGUUCCGGCAGCGGGCUACCAUAAAAUGAUGGAAGCUUUCGGAGGGAAAGGUUAUCUUGUGGAGACACCAGACGAGCUCAAAUCUGCCCUUUCAGAAUCGUUCCGUGCCAGGAAACCAGCAGUGAUUAAUGUUAUCAUUGAUCCUUAUGCCGCCCAAAUGGAUUCAGGGAGAUCUUUGACCGACAUGAUUAUGGAGGGCUUCACUCCUGUUACAGUGUUCAACAAUAUCCCACUUCGUAGUGAUGUACAAGCACGCGAUGAGGUCGCUGCUGCGGUAGAGGUCAGAAAUCAGAGUGGUGUAUGUGUCGAUGACAAGCAAGCAAACGCAUUAACUAUGUAUAAGAAUGAUGACCCAUUUCAUAGGACUUUCCAGUACAUACAUUGCUGGAAAAUUCUCAAAAACCAUUCAAAGUGUACGCAUAGGCGCCAGCAGAUUGAAGCUCAGAAACCAUUCAGCAAAAAGCAAAAGACCACUGCUAGUUCAACUCCUGCUACUGAUGCAGCAGAACAUAUCACUGAAGAAAAACAGAAAUUAAAGCAGCGUUCCAGCAUUGAAGCUUUGGAUUAUUUAUUGGCAAAGAAGAAAGAGGUGGAUGCUGAGAAGGAGAUGAAGAAAGAAGAGAGGGAGUUGAAGAAACAUGAGAUGCUCCAAAAAGCCCUUGCUUUGCAGGAAGAAAGGAUAAAACUUGACAAAGAUAAAUUUGAUUUCGAGCGGGAUCGAGAAGAAGAAAACAUUAUCAAUGUUGAUAUGAGCACCAUGUCAACCAGACAGCAACAGUUCUACGAUGAUCAACAGAAGAAAAUACUUGCAAUACGGCUUGGAAAUUAG